AUGAAUAAUGAUUUAAAGAAAAACGAAAAGGAUGAUUAUUAUAAAGUUAAUGAAGAAGAAUAUUCACCUCAAAAGUUGAGUGGAAUAGAUAUGAACGAUAAUGUAGAUUUUAGUAAUAUGAGAAAUACCUUGAAUGAUGUAGAAGAAUUAUUAAAUAUAGAUAAUAAUGAUAAAUAUGAUGAAGAUCAACUUAGUUUAAUAAAAGAGAGUUUGGAAUAUGGAGAAUUACUUCUUUCGAAUGUAAAAGAAGAAGAUGAAAAUAAUCGUAGAGAACAUUUUAGAAAGGAUGAUUAUAGGAAAGAUUCUGAAGAUGUUCAUUACAACGAAUCUAAAAUUGAAGAAGAUAAAAGAUUUAUGCAUUCUUUAUGCGUUAAAGAAUUAAAAAGUACGGAAGAAGGAGAAUUGUUUGAUGAUGAAAAAUAUAAAGAUAAAGAUACACUUAUAAAUAUGUUAAGAAAAAAACUAGAAAUAAAAAUUAAAGAUUAUAAUUUAAUUAUGGAUACACUUAUCCUUACAAAAGAAGAGUGUAGUAAAAAAGAAGAACAAUUAAAAGAUUAUAAAAUAAAAUACAAUAAAAUGGAAAAAGAAUGUUAUUCUUUAAAAAAUGAAGUCGAAAGAAAAAAUAAUGAGAAACAUUUAAAUAUAGGUAGCUUUUCAUUUUAUAAAAACGAAUAUGAUGAUAUGAAAUAUAAAUUAUUAAAAUGUGAAGAAAAAAACAAAAUGCUAUUAAAUAAAAAUGAAGAAUUACAUCAAAGUAUUAUACAAAUGAAAAAUGAUUUAUAUAAUCAAAAUAUAAAAUUUAAAAAAGAUAUCGAUGUAUUAAUAGAAGAUAAAAAAAAUAUACUUAUUCAAAAUGAACAUAUUACAAAACAAAAUAAGAUUCUUGUUGAUACAUAUUUACGACAAGAAAAAAUGAUUUAUAAAUUAAAAAAAAAUAAUGAAGAACAAGAAAUAAUAAUAAAAGAAUCUUAUAAAAAAAUUGAAUUUGUUAAUAAAAAUUCUGUAAACCAUUUAAAUAAAGUUAGAGAUGUAUUAAAUAAAUCUCUAAUAAAAUCAGAAGAACAUGUGAAAUUAUAUACAAAUCUAAAAAAAGAAAAUGAUUUUUUAAAAAUAGAACAUGAUAAAUUUAAAACUAAUAUACAACAACUAAAUGAACAAUUAUUAAAUUAUAAAAAUCUUAUUAAAGAAAUGAAAAAAAAAUAUAAAGAAGUUGUUCAUACAAAUAAUUCUCUCUUUUCCAUAACACAUGAUUUUAUUAAUUUAAAAAAUUCAAACAUAAUUAUAAUCAGACGAACAAGUGAUAUCAAGGAAAUCUUUAAAAUGUAUAACUUGGACCUAGAACAUUUUAAUGAGCAAGAUUAUUUAUCGGUGUUAUAUAUAUAUGAAAUAUUAUAUAACACCAACCAUAAUCAUAAUGACAACAAUAAGGACAACAAUAAGGACGACAAUGAUGAUAAUAAUAGUAGUAAUAAUAAUAAUAAUAAUAUCAUGAUGAUGAUAGAAAAUAUGAACUCGGGUUUUCAUCCGAAUUCUAAUAAUUUGCAUAAUAAUAUACAUAACACAAAUUAUCAAAGUAAUUUAAAUAGUGUAAAAACAUCCCUUACAUAUAGAAUUAAUAAUAAAUCUGGGAAAUCUCGAUCCAUCAAAUCAAGAUCUCAUUUCUCUGGAGACAAUGAAUAUAUUCAAGAUCAACUAAGUAAUCGAGAGAUCAAAGAACAUUAUAAUUAUAUCGAAAGAUAUAAUCAUUCAUCUAGUCGUAAUGACAUACAUAAUUUAUAUUACAUGGAAGAAAACGUGUCACAUAAUAAUAAUAAUAAGAGCGAUUAUGAUGAAGAUGGAGAUGUAGAGAAUAAUAAUAAUAAUUAUUAUAUUAAAAUAAAAAAAAAUAAAUAUAAAAAAUUAAACGAUUUAUUAAAUAAAGCACAAAUGAAAAUCAUAACAUUAACACGAGCAAAUGAAAUGUUUGAAAAAUAUUGUUCCAAUAUUAAAAACACAUUAAUAAGAGAUGACAUGAAAAAAUUUAGAAAACCAGAUAUAAGCGAUGUAAAUAUUUUACAUAAUGAAAAAAUAUAUCUAGAAAAACUAGUAAAUGAAAAAUUAAACUAUAUAAAAGAUAUUCAAAAACAAUUAGAUGAAUUACAUGAUGAAAUAAAUAAAAAUAAAGAAGAUAUAUAUACACUACAAGUAGAAAAACAAACAUUAAUUAAGGUGAUUUCUUCGGUAUAUGAUUAUACAAAAAUGAAAAGUGGAAAUCAUAUAUUUAGAAUGAAUACAACGUCGAAUAAGAUCUUAAAUAAUGUUCCUAUGUCUUCAAAUAAACAUUAUAAUGAUGAAAAGAAUAAAAAUUAUCAUAAUGAUUAUAAUGAUGAAAAGAAUAAAAAUUAUCAUAAUGAUGAAAAGAAUAAAAAUUAUGAUAAUGAUUAUAAUGAUGAAAAGAAUAAAAAUUAUGAUAAUGAUCAUAAUGAUCAUAAUGAUCCUAAUAAUGUAGGAAUAGAUAUUAGUGCUGAAGAUUUUUUGAAUUAUAGAUUAGCACUAGAAAAAUUUAUACAAUUAACCAUAAAAGAACACAUUGUAUAUAUUAUGAAAGAUGAAAAAAAAAAAAAUUCUAAUAUUAAUAAGGAAUCCAUAUCAUUAAAAAAGAAGCAUACCAAAAAAAGUAGUAUAUAUAACAAUAAUAAUAAUGAUGAUGAUGAUAAUGAUAUGUUGAGCGUUAUGUAUUCUAAUGAUGAUUUGAUUAAGAAUAAAAGAAAAGAAAAUAAGAAAGAAAUAUUAGAAGGACAUGUAAAGUUUUCUAGUUUUUCCAAUAAUGAAUAUAUUGCUCAUUCUUUUAAUAGCAUAUUAUUACAAUUAUCUAAUUAUAUUUUUAACAUUGAAUGUAAGCAAAUGGAAUAUUUUAAAAACAGUAAUUUAUUGAGUUAUGUUGAUGAUUAUACGAUUACUAUAGAAUUGUUUUAUAGAUUGAAAAAAUAUAAUAAUAUAUUCAGCAUAGAGCAAAUCUUAGGAUCUCAGUAUCCUUCGAUUUUACAAAAGCUACAUGAUGGGAUAUAUUGUUUAAAGGAUAAUAAUAAAAAAAACCAAGACGAUGCUAAUAAAAAGAUAAACCAUGAGGAUGGUAAUAAAAGAAAAAACCAUGAGGAUGGUAAUAAUUAUAACCACAAUGAUGAUGGUAAUAAUUAUAACCACAAUGAUGAUGAUUCCUACAAAAUAGAAUUAAUCGUAGACGAAUUAAAUAAAUGCAAAAAAAAUUACACAGAUGAAGAGUUGUAUGAAUUGAUGAAAGGAACCGAUUUCGAUAUAUUUAAAAAAUAUAAGAAUUUUUAUUUUAAUCAUUUUAUAAAUAUAAAUAAUAUAUUUAGUACAAUCAUAAGUUUUCAUAUACAUAAUAUUGAAGAUAAAUAUAAGAAAGUGUAUGAAAGAUAUUUUAAUUUGUUCAACUUUAAUUUUAGUAAUGUGGAGUUAUCAUUUGAUUUAUUAAUACGUAGAUUUGAUAAGAUUCUUCGUUUAACUAAAAAAUAUGAAAAAUUAUUAGAAGAGAAUUAUGAAAAAAUAAAAAAUAAAAAUGAAAAGGAAGAAUACUUACAUGGUUGUAUAAAAGAAUUAGAAAUGAAUUUAGAGAAAUAUAAUAACGAGAAAAUAAUUUUAGAUGAACAAAUUAAUGAAAAAGAAAAAAAGAUUAAUAUAAUAAAUGAGAAAUAUUUCAUAUUAGAAAAGGAAUAUAAAGAAUAUCAAAAUAAAAAUUUAUUUAUUAAUGAACAAAUAGAAAAUUUAGAAAAAGAGAAAAAACAAUUACAAGAAGAAAUUAUACAAAAAGAUAUGAUCAAUAUAAAAUUGAAUGAAAAAAAUUGUGAUAUUAUAAAAAUAUAUGAAAAAGAAAAACAAUAUCUACAUACAUUAUUACAAGAAAAUAAAGAUAGUCAUAAUUAUUUAAAAGAGAAAUUCGAAAAUCUAUUAAAUUUGAAUGAAAAAUUAAAAUAUGAUCAUGAUAUAUCAUUAAAUAAAAUAAAUACAUUAUGGUUAGAAGAAAAAGAAAAUAAUAAAAAAAAUACAUUCCAUAUGAAUAAUUUAAGAGUAGAAAAUAAUAAUCUCUUAUUAAAAAUGAAAGAAUUACAAAAUAAAUAUAAUAUUAUAAAAAAUGAACUUAAUGAAAGAAUAAAACAAAUUAAUGUCUUCAGAAAUAAUGUGUACACAUUAUCCAUGAGAGAUAAUAAAAGUACAAGAGGUUCUAUACAUCACAUAAAUAAUAUGUAUUAUAUGAAUAAUACACAUAUGGGUUUCAUGGGUGCAUCUAAAAUAAAUAAUAAUAUAUCCAAUCUUUAUUGUUCAAAUAUGAUUCAUAUGUCUCACCGAGGCAGUAUCAUAAAAAAUAAGGAAGAUGCAGAAGGAAAUUCAGCACAAACACGUAUGAAUAAUAAGGAUAGCACGGAUAAUACAAACAGCAUACACAACACAGAUAAUAUGAAUAACAUGAAUAAUAUGAAUAAUAACACUGUCAAUAGUAUUAAUAGUAAUCAUCCAUAUUAUCCUUUCUCAUUUCAUAAUAAUAUAAACUCCCCCAAAUUGGUGGGAAUGGGUGAUUUUACCCUCUCAUCAGGCGUUAACAAAAAAGACGAUUUUCUCUUGAAUGUUGUCGAUAAUGAAGAGAAUAACUUUUUGGAAUAUGAGGUAAGAAUAAAAUCGUUACAAGAAGAAUUGUGUGAUAAAGAAUCUGAGAUAUUAAAAAUAAAAGGAGAAAAGGAUAUUUUAAUUACGUGUAUAGAGACGUGGAAAUGCUUUUGUAAGAAUAGUAAAGAGGAGAUUUCUCGUUUAAAAGAAUUGUGUAAAGAACAACUAGAAAAGCAUAAAGAAUUUUUAUUAAUUAAUAAAUCAAAUGAAGAUAAGCUGAAAUAUAUUAAUAGUUUAUUAUGCGAUGAAAAAGAUAAAUAUGACAUUGUUAUGAAAGAUAUAAAAAAUAACAUGAGAAAUGAAAUUGACAAAUUAAAUAAUGAUAUAAAUGAUAAAUCAUAUGAAAUAAAAUUAUUAAAACAUGAAAAUAAUAAUUUAAUAAAUGAAAUGAAUAUUUUAAAAAAUAAAGAAACAGAAAAUAUGAAUAUAAAACAAAAAGAAGAAGAUUAUAUAAAAUUAAUCAAACAAGAUAAAACAAAUAUUCAAAAUGAAUAUAAUGAUUUAAUAGAAAAAUAUAAUGAAGUAGUAGAAAAAAAUAAUAUAUUAUAUAAUGAUAUGAAUGUAUUAAUAAAAGAACAUAAAGAAGAAAUAUUUUUAUUAAAAGAAAAUAUAAAUAUAUUACAAAAAGAUAAUACAUAUCUUAAUGAUAUGUUUAAAAAUCAAAUAAAUUAUGUUGAUAAUAAUUUAUUAAAAAAUAGAUUGGAUCAAUUAUUUAAUAUUAAUCAAGAUUUACAAAAACAUUUAGAUACAAAUCAAAAACAUGUAGAACAAUUAAAAUAUGAUUAUAUAGAACUUAAAGAACAAGUAAAAAUCGAAAAAGAAAAAAACAAGAAACAAGAAAAAUAUAUUAUACAAUUACAAAAAGAUAAUAAUCUUAUAUUAAAUGAUAUUAAUUCAACAACAAAUAAUGAUACAUAUCAACAAUUUAUUCAUUCUCUAAAAGUAAAUUUAGAAAAUUCAAGAUUAGAAUUAAAAGAAUUAUCAAAUCUUAACGCAAAAAUUCAAUUAUCCGAUGAAAAAAAUCGUAUGAAAAUAACUAUACUAGAAGAUAAAUUAUUUAAAAAUGAAAAAGAUAAAAUGAAAUUACAACAAAUUAUGGAUGAUAAUAAUAAAAACUAUAUAAUACAAUAUAAUAAAUUAAAAACAAAUCUAGAUAUGAUAUCAGAAGAAAAUCGUAUCUUGUUGUUAAAUAAAGAAGAAUAUGAAAAACAAAUAGAACAAUUAAAUCAUGAUCACAAAUUAUUUAUAUCUACCAAAAAUAAUGACAUAAACAUUAUACAAAAGGAGAAGUUACAAGAACAAGUUGAUCAAUAUAUAACUACUAUUAAUGAAAAGGACAAACUUAUUGUUCAUUUGAAUCUACAAAUUAAAAAAUUGGAAAAUCAAAAUGAGCACAUCAGAUCAAGGUAUGACAUAUAUAAUGUAGCUCACUCGCAGGACAGCACAAAAAAUGAUAAUAUGGUUGGUGAGGAUAUAAAUAAAGAUAUAAAUAAAGAUAUAAAUAAAGAUAUAAAUAAAGAUAUGAAUAAAGAUAUGAAUAAAGAUUUAAAUAAAGAUAUAAAUAAAGAUAUCAAUCAAGAUAUUAAUCAAGAUAUUAAUCAAGAUAUUAAUCAAGAUAUUAAUCAAGAUAUGAAUCAAGAUAUCAAUCAAGAUAUCAAUCAAGAUAUUAAUCAAGAUAUCAAUCAAGAUAUCAAUCAAGAUAUCAAUCAAGAUAUUGAUCAAGAUACAAAUCAACAUAAUAAAUGUGAUGGUCAUAAUUAUAAUUAUUUUAAAGUACAAAAUGUAGCAGACCGUUUACACAACAAGAAUAAAGAAAGAAAUUUAUCACAAGAAAUAUACAAAUAUAUAAAUGAAAAUAUAGACCUUACAUCUGAAUUAGAAAAGAAGAAUGAUAUGCUUGAAAAUUAUAAAAAUGAAUUGAAAGAAAAAAAUGAAGAAAUAUAUAAACUAAAUAAUGAUAUUGAUAUGUUAUCGAAUAAUUGUAAGAAAUUAAAAGAAUCUAUUAUGAUGAUGGAAAAAUAUAAAAUUAUUAUGAAUAAUAAUAUUCAAGAAAAAGAUGAAAUUAUUGAAAAUUUAAAAAAUAAAUAUAAUAAUAAAUUGGAUGAUUUGAUAAAUAACUAUUCAGUUGUCGAUAAAAGUAUUGUUUCAUGUUUUGAAGACUCAAAUAUUAUGAGUCCAUCAUGUGAUGAUAUUUUGAAUGUGUUUAAUAAUUUGUCGAAGAGUAACAAAAAGGUGUGUACAAAUAUUGAUUUAUGUAAUGAAAAUAUGAACAGCAUAUCUAGUAUGAACAAUGUAAACAAUGUGAACAAUGUAAACCAUGUAAACAAUGUGAACAAUGUGAACAAUGUAAACAAUGUAAACAAUGUAAACAAUGUAAACAAUGUAAACAAUGUGAACAAUAUUGUAGAUAUUAACAACUAUCUUGUUAAUAAUUUACAAUUAAACAAAGAUAAUGAUAAUAUUAUUAUUAUUAAGUUUAAUAUUUUAAAACUAUUUAAAUUAGGUUCAUGCUAUUUAUAUAUUAUUAAUCGUAAUUUAAAAGAAAUCCAAAUGUUGAAAAAUCAAAUACUUUCCUUAGAAGAAAGUAUUAAAAGCUUAAAUGAAUUUAUUAAUAAUUUAAAAAACGAAAAUGAAAAAAAUGAAUUAAUUAAAAUAAAUAAUUUUGAAGAAAUACUCAAAUUAAAAAAUAAUCUACAAGAUAAUGAAAGUUGUAUACAAAACUUAAAUAAUUAUUUAAAAAAAAAUGAAGAAUUAAAUAAAAUUAAUGUAAAAAAUAUUUUCAAAUAUAAAGGAUAUAUAAUUCAUUUAAUACAACAAAGUAAUGUCUUUUGUAAAAUUUUUAAACAUUUUAAUGAAAAUAAAAUAAUUGAUCAAACUAUUAUAAACAAGUUACUUUAUUUAAGAAAAUCCUUUGAUUUUUAUAUGUAUGAUUCGGUUAUACAAGAAAUAAGAGAAAAUAAAAAUAUAUUAAUAAAUCAAGACUUUUUAACAGAGGAAUAUUUUAAACAUAUACAAACCUUUACCAAAACAUGUAAUGUAUUGAUUCAAAGAGGAUAUAUGAGCAUGUUAAAAGAUACAAACAAUGAUUUCUUUAUACAAAACAACAAACUAAGUCAUCAACAAGGUAAUCAAGAUGGUAACCAUACAAAUAUGUGUAAUAUAUAUCCAGAUGAUGCAAUCAAUGUAAUUGUAGAUCAACAAAUUUUUGAUGGUACGGAAAACGCACAACAGUCCUCACAAAAUGAGGAAGAAUAUGUAAAUAAUGAGGAAAUGUAUACGGACAAAAUGGAUUUAGAUAAUAAUAUGAGUGGUGAUAAUAAUGUGAGUGGUGAUAAUAAUAUGAGUGGUGAUAAUAAUAUGAGUGGUGAUAAUAAUAUGAAUGGUGAUAAUAAUAUGAAUGGUGAUAAUAAUAUGAUUGGUGAUAAUAAUAUGAAUGGUGAUAAUAAUAUGAGUGGUGAUAAUAAUAUGAAUGGUGAUAAUAAUAUGAUUGGUGAUAAUAAUAUGAAUUAUAAUAAUAAUAUGAGUGAUGAAGAUAAUCAUCUUGUUAAUGCAUUUAAUAACCACAAUUUGUUGAAUAAUCAUAAUGUUAAAUCUGAGCAAAUAAAUAAUGAAACCUUAGAAAGAUAUGAAGAAAAUAUUAUUCAGAAUAUAUAUACUAAUGAUAACGUAGCUAAUAAUCAAGUCAUAGAAAAUACAAAUAAAAUUCCUAUUAAUGAUAAACAAGAUAUUAUAAAUAAUGACGAACUAAAAAAUGAACAUAAUAAUUUAAUUAGAUUAAUUAAUGAAUCUAUAGAAAAUUCUCAUAACAUUGAAAAUAUAUAUGAACAAAAUGAUGCUAAUAUUUUAAUAAAUGGUAAUAUAAAAAAGGAAGAAACAGUCACAUCUGGUGAUGAAAAGGAUAAUGUGCCGAAUGAAUCGAAUAGCAAAUGUGAUGAUGAUAAAAAGGAAAACGAAGAUAUAAUACAAGCGAAAAAUGAAAACUAUCCUGUAAGCACACAUUAUGAUAAUGAUGAUAAUAAUAAUAAUGAUACUAAUAAUGAUAAUAUUAAUAAUGAUAACAAUGAUGGUAAUAAUAAUGAUGAUAUUAAUAAUGAUAACAAUGAUGGUAAUAAUAAUGAUAAUAUUAAUAAUGAUAAUAAUGAUGGUAAUAAUAAUAAGGAUAAUAAUAAUAAUAAUAAUGAUAAUAAUAAUGAUAAUAAUAAUGAUAUUAAUAAUGAUAAUAAUGAUAAUAAUAAUGAUAAUAAUAAUGAUAUUAAUAAUGAUAAUAAUAAUGAUAAUAAUAAUGAUGGGUUUGUUUGUGAGUCAUCAUCAAAUAUAAAUGAUUUUAAUAAUAUAUUAAAUGUUAACAAAGAUAACUUCCAAGGCAUAAAUAAAUCAAAUAAUUUCUCAACAAACCUUUCAGAGUAUAAUUAUGACGCGUAUGUAAAAAUAGUCGAAGCGGGAAGUGCCUUGGAAAAUAAAAAACAACAAGAUAAAAAAAGGAAAUAUUCUUCAGAUUCGGAAAUAACAAAAGAAAAUGGUUGUUUGGGAGAAUCCAAUUCGAUAAAAAUAAGAAAAGUAAGUGUAAGAGAAGAUAAUAAUGAUGAUAACAAUGAUGAUAAUAAUGAUGAUAACAAUGAUGAUAAUAAUGAUGAUAGUUAUGACGAUGAAGAAAAGGAACAAGAUAAUUAUAGUAACAAUGUAAAUACUGAAUUAAAUAACCAUGCAACAUUUGAAAAUAUUUCCGUCCUUAAUAAUAUUCAAGAAAAUAAAAAGAAUUAUUUUUCUAAUGUUAAUGAAAAUACUUUUAAUCUACAUGUUGAUGAGAAUGUACAUGAAGAUUUACAAAAUUAUGAAGAUUAUGUAAAUAAUAAUAAUGAUGAUAAUGAAGAGGAGAGUAACAAAAGUUGUUAUAUAAUUUCUUCAGAUGAUGAAGGGGACAAGAAAAAUGUCUCCAAACAAAAUGAUGAUGAGGAGGAGGAGGAUGAUGAUAAUUAUGAUGAUGGGGAUGAUGAUGAGGAUGAAAAUGGGGAUGAUGAUGGGGAUGAUGAUGAGGAUGAAAAUGGGGAUGAUGAUGAGGAUGAUGAUGAGGAUGAUGAUAAUUAUGAUGAUGAAGAUGAUGAUAAUUAUGAUGAUGAAGAUGAUGAUAAUUAUGAAAAUGAGGAUGAUGAUAAUUAUGAAAAUGAGGAUGAGGAUGAUGAUGAUGAUGAAAAUGAUGAUGAUGAAAAUGAUGAUGAUGAAAAUGAUGAUGAUGAUGAAAAUGAUGAUAAUAAUGACGAAGAAAAAUAUUCGUGUCAUGAUGAUAAAAAUUAUAACAUUUAUAACGAUCCAAUUAAUAGCAAUAAUAUGGAUAUGAAUAUUCUUGAAAAUUUUGAUGAUAAAAAUGAACAUACAAAUAACGAUUUAUUAAAUAUUGAUCAUGAUAAUAAUACAAAUAAUAUAACUGAGGAGUUAUAUAGUGCUUAUAAUGUAAGUAUAUCUCACAAUGAAAACCCGUCUAAUAAGGCAAAUGAAAUUCAGAAGCCUAUAAGUAUUGAUUCAUCGAAUGAAAAUGAUGAAAAUUUUGAUAAUAACAAUGGACCUCAAAUGAAAUGA